UGGAAAUAAUACAUUGAGUGAAAGUGAAACUAAGAUUCCUUCUGUUGACUGCAUUCAUCAAAGCUAUUGUCCCCACUUUAAAUCAUUUAAUCCUGACUGAAGAGAAAGGUCCGAGAAGAUGAGCUGCAAACACUGGAUUCAGGUCCUAUGGCUUGUGCUUCCCCUCUCACUGGCUGAGAGAUUCACAGUCAGUGGCCCGGCCCUCCCUGUCCCAGCCAUUGCUGGUUCGGAUGUUGUCCUGGACUGUAAGUGUUCCACAGACCUGCCACGAGAGGGUAUGGAGGUGAGAUGGUUCAGGACGAGAUUCGGAUCACCUGUCCACUUAUACAGUGAGGGACGAGAUCAGACAGCGGAACAAGAUACAGCCUACAGAGACAGAACACAGCUAUUUGUAGAAGAGUUUAUAAAUGGCAACAUGUCCCUCAGACUGGAAGAUGUACAGGUGGCAGAUAACGGAAUAUACACAUGUUUUAUCAAUUAUGAGGGAUGGUAUGAAGAGGCAAAGAUUCAAUUGCAAGUUCUGGUUCUUGGCAGUCAGCCUUGGGUUUUUAUGCAAGGAUACUACAGUGGAGGUAUACGUCUUGUGUGCGAGUCCGAGGGAUGGUUUCCUGAGCCAGACAUUCUGUGGCUGGAUGGAAACGGAGUCAAUUUGACGGCACAAAGUCAAACGAAAGAAGAAAAGAAUCCUGAAGGUUUUGUGAAUGUCCGAACCUCCCUCAAUAUCACAAAAGAUUCCAGCAACAGGUUUAAGUGUCUGAUCAGCAAUAGUCUAAUGAAGAAAGAAAAGGAAGGAAGAAUCCAAAUCGCAGAUGAUGUAUUUCCCAGGAUCUCUUGUGCAGUAGUUUUUGUUCUGAGCUUAUACUGCAAUAUGCAACAACGCAACAAGAUCAAAGGCCUUCAGAAAACAGUGGAGUGGGAAUGGAUGCUUAUUUGUGCAGUUACAGUCACUCUGGAUCCUGACACAGCCCAUCCCCGGCUCAUCCUGUCUGAGGACCUGAAAAGUGUAAGACUGGGGGCCCAACAGAAGUUGCUCCCUGACACCCCAGAGAGGUUUGAUUCCUGUGUCAGUGUCCUGGGAUCUGAGGGCUUCACAUCAGGGAGACAUUAUUGGGAGGUACAGGUGGGCAACAAGACUGACUGGGAUGUGGGAGUGGCCAGGGAGUCCAUCAAUAGAAAGGGGGUAAUCAUACUGGCACCAGAGGCUGGAUACUGGAGAAUGACUAUGAGAAAUGGGAAUGAAUAUGAGGCUGGUACGUCACCUCCUACUCCCUGCCCUCUGAGCGAGAGACCCAGGAAGAUCGGAAUUUUCCUCGACUAUGAGGGGGGACAGGUGACAUUUUACAAUGCUGAUAACAUGUCUCAUCUCCACACUUUCACCCACACUUUCACUGAGAAACUUUAUCCUUACUUCAGUCCCUGGUUUAAUGUUGAUGGGAAAAACUCCAAGCCACUGACAAUCUGUGCGAUGACAGUAUAAUAAGGAAGAAAAUUCCAUCGACUCAAACUGAAUGUCCCAUUCAUAAUAUUGGUCAACACUCAGAUUGUUUGGUGUUAUUUUCAUCAUUGGACCUGCAUUGUAGCAUUAAUCAUUCUGUCACUGUGCAGACAGCUUAAUCAGCAAUAACCAGAGAGACACAGACACAGCUUAAUACAGAGAAAUGUAAAGUGGUCGGAGUUGACAGAAGAAAUUGUGUGCAAUUGUCUGAAUCAAAUUGAGUUAUUAUACCAGUAACUUUGGGGAACACGUCACUACAAUCAUUAGUAUAGGAAGCUAAACAAGCUGUGUUUGUUGCAAUGUAAAGCUAAGGAGAUGU